AUGAAGAUCUUAUUUAUUUUCCUAAUUAGUUUUCUUUACCCAAGUUUUAGUUUGUGUCAAGUUUACGAGGCGAUAAACGAUCAGAGAUAUGUUAGGUCUGUCGUGAAUAUGGAUAAAAUGCUUUUAUUGAAUACUUAUCUUGUAAGUAAUUUGAAGCAUUUCGCAAAGCAGCUCGCCUACAAGGCUAAAAUCAUUAAAUGGGGUGUUAACCAGUUAAACAUAAAAAUUAUGGAUGCAAAGCAAUCGGAAGGGAAAAUUAAAUGGAACCUUUAUAAUACCUUUUCACUUAUUCGACACAUGCAGGCGGAUUGGUUAUUGUGGCUUCAUUACAUGGAAGCACCUGUAGGAGAGGAACAAUUCGAUUAUAUAAAAUAUCUUAAGCCCCAUAUGCCCAAAUUAAAGGAUAUUCGGGAUGCCUCUGAGGGCAUGACAAAAAUUCAAAAGGUAUAUUCAAUGUCUGCGAGUGACAUGGCUCAGGGUAUACUAGAUGGUAUUAAGUACAACUCCUCCCUGACAGCUAGUGAUUGUGUGACCGUGGCCCAGCAUUAUUCAAACUUGUCUCAAUGGGCGAGUGCCGAAAAAUGGAUUAUUGCCGGACUGAAGUCCCUUAAACGAAAUAUCCUACAGCCAGAGUUACAAUUGCUGAGAGGACCUAGCAUAACUGAGUUGGCUAAAGUUUUGGGACUUAUUAGGAUAAAACGGCUCGACUACGAAGGGGCUCUGCAGGCCUAUCAGGUUGCCCUAAAGAAGUCUCCUCCGGAUGCAAAACUUUAUGAAGAACAUCAAUAUUUGGAAAGCAUGUAUUUGAAGCUUUUUGGACUUGAUCCAAACAUUGAGGAGUACGAUAAUAGCUACAAAAGUGAAGUAUUUUCGCUUUGCUGUAAUGGAAAAUGCCAAAAAGAUAAAAAAAUUCAAAAUCUUUAUUGUUUUUAUGAUACUAAAACUUCCAACGCUCUGAUCAUAGCACCAGUUAAAAAGGAGAUUCUCUCCGUUGAUCCCUAUAUCGCCUUGUUUCAUGAUGUUAUCUCCCAGAAGGAGCAGAAAAUAUUGCAGUCGGUCAGCAAAAUACAUUUGAUGGCUUCCACCACAAUUCAUAACAAUAACAAGGCUGUAAAAAACUAUCGAAUUUCCAAGUCUGUGUGGUAUGCAAGCGACUACAAUGAUGUAACAAAAAGACUAACCACGUUUAUGGAGCAAGCCACUGGAUACGAUAUGAAAAGUUCAGAGCUGUUUCAGGUUAUUAAUUAUGGCUUAGGUGGACGUUUCGAUGGUCAUGAGGAUUAUUUGCUUACUGAUAAGACGCGUUUUAAUGGAACCUCUGAUCGUAUCGCCACGACUCUGUUUUAUCUAAGUGAUGUAGCUCAAGGAGGCGCCACACAUUUCCCGAGGUUUAAUCUCACAGUGUUCCCUAAGCCUGGAGCAGCUUUGUUUUGGAUUAAUCUUAAAAAUAAUGGAGACGGAGAUUUUCGUACCGUCCAUGUUGGUUGCCCAGUCAUUGUAGGAUCAAAAUGGGUAAUGAGCAAAUGGAUAAAUGACCAAGGACAAGAACUCCGGAAACCAUGCCGUCCAGAAAAUUGAAUAAAAGUCAUUAAAAAAAGGUGUUAUUAAUUUAUAAAUAAGGGUGACAAAUUAUAGAAUAUAAACUCUGUACAAAGAGAAAACAAUUUAGUUUUUAAAGAGUCUUUAAAAAAUGGG